AUGGAUGAUAAAACAAAUUUUACAAUUUCUGGAAAAGUUUGUGCUGUUACUGGUGGUGCUAGUGGUAUUGGGUUAUGUUUUGUAAACCAAUUAUUAGAACAUGAUGCACGGAGAGUGUACAUACUAGAUUUCAAUGUGACCACUGGUGUUGAAGUGGAACAGCACUUACAAAAAAAGUAUGGCGUAUCUCGUGUGAAAUUUAUACAAACUAACGUAGUUAAAGAAGAUAUGCUAAAAGAGUAUUUUAUGAUCAACUUUUUGUUAGAAAUUUUUGAUCAAAUCAUUGCUGAAAGUCAGCGUUUGGACAUUCUAAUGAAUAACGCUGGAACACUUUUCAAACAUCUGGUGAUUUCAGUGAACUUGAUGGGUGCAUACCACUGUUUAGAUAUAGCAAUUAAACACAUGUCAAAGGCAAAUGGUGGUUCAGGAGGUGUUAUCAUUAAUACGGCAUCAAAUAUGGGAUUAAUAGGCUGUAUCUCAAGUCCAUUAUAUUCAGCUUCCAAGCACGGUGUAAUUGGACUAACAAGAUCAUAUGCACAUCCAUGCUUUUAUGAAGAAUCAGGAAUACGUGUUAUGGCAAUAUGCCCAAACGCAACUGAAACACCAUUAUUAGACAUGGUAAAAGAAAAAACAAAAGUUCCAGUGAUCCAAAAUUUAAAAGGACAAAUAGAACGGGAAUUGAAACUAGCACAAUCGUAA